UCUCUCUCUCUCUCUCUCUCUCUCUCUCUCUCUCUCUCUCUCUCUCUCUCUCUCUCACGGACACACAAACACACACACAGAAGAAAGACAUGGAACAUAAUCUGCCCUUGUCGGCAAAGAAAAUAUGGAGCAUAGUGCGCGUGGUGUUCUACAUGCUGAGGAAAGAGAUAUCCAAGAGGAGAAUCAUGGCUGAUCUCAACAUGAUGAUGAAGCGCGGCAAGAUCGCCGGCAAGGCCAUCGGCAACCUCAUGUUCCCUCACCACGCCGCCGCCGCGGCCAGCCGCCGAUCCCACGACGGCCCUUCCUCGUCCUCCUCCGCCACGGCGGGGCCGCUCGAGUACGAGUUCAGCUGCAACAACAGCCCCGCCUUCCCUUACCAUCUCCCCAACCUUUACGUCAACAAGCGUAAGGGCAGCCAGCUGAACCACCACUUCCACAACCUCUUCAUGUGCGCCCACCCGCCCCCGACCAAAGACGACGACGAUGUUGUGGGCGCGUUCAACUUCGAUAAGGCGAUAAUGGAGAUGCUGAGCAGCCAGAGGGAGGUGGUGGAGGCGUCGCCGAUGUUGCCGGGGUUCGGCCGGACCCCGCUGGUGCGGCCGCUGAGGAUCACGGACUCGCCGUUCCCGUUGAAGGAGGAGGAGGAGGACGACGAUCGCGUGGACAAGGCGGCGGAGGAGUUCAUAGAGAAUUUCUACAGGGAGUUGAGGAAACAAAAGUGAAUGCACGGUUGAGAUAAACCAUGCACAUGCACAGAAUCUUGUUCAGUAAUUUUCGCCUUUGAUAUUUUAUGUAGUUAAUUUUGAGUUAAUGCUUGUGGGCGUGCACCAAAACCCUCUUCGACGAAGAGGAUGUUCAUGUCGUAGAUGAGAAUAAUAUCGAGAGAUUAACUUGCAUGAAUAGCUAUUUCCGGCCCUUAAUUUU